AUGGAUCGGUGCCACUUCAGCUUCCUGCUGUGUGUGAUUUUGGUGGCGCGCAUGAGCUUUGCCGUGGCUGGCCGGGCACCCCAGGAGUUUCCUUUCAAGCACUCCUACCAGGAGCACGAGAAGGAACUGCUGGAUGAGCUUCAGGAAGUACUGGAGAAACUGCAACACAAGAAGGUCUCCACCUGGGAGAAGAAAUUCAACCAAGUUCCCAAGUGCUCCUUUGGCGACAUGUGUGCAGUCAGGAAAGGCGCCCGGAUUGGCAAACUCUGCGACUGCCCCCGCGGAUCCGCCUGCAACGCUUUCCUCCUCAAGUGCUUGUGAAACGGUGGGAUGCCUCAUCACAUCUCCCCUCCCCAAGUCAGCGACG